CUCGUCGUCAGUUUGAGCAGCGCGUGGUUCAGCAGCGCCAGACACGCUUCCAGCUCCUUGAUUCCGUGUGUGAGUCUCUUGAUUUGUUGUUUCCGGAGCUCAGAUCGCGUCAGAUCAUCAGAGCCCAGCACAGCGGAGCGGAUCGUCGGCGUUUGUCAGAGAUGCUCGUGUUUUAGAGGCAUCCAGCAGCAUCAGUUUCCGUCGCGCUGAAAGGAAUGAGAUCAGAGCAUCAAUGUUUCACUGGGGCAAGUGGAAGAAGAGGAUGGGAGCGAACAGUUCAUCCAAGAGACCAGUGUUCGACGACAAAGAGGAUGUGAACUUCGAUCACUUCCAGAUUCUGCGGGCCAUCGGGAAAGGCAGCUUUGGGAAGGUGUGCAUCGUGCAGAAGCGGGACACGGAGAAGAUGUACGCCAUGAAGUACAUGAACAAGCAGCAGUGCAUUGAGCGGGACGAGGUCCGGAACGUCUUUAGAGAGCUUGAGAUCCUUCAGGAGAUUGAACAUGUGUUUUUAGUAAACCUCUGGUACUCGUUCCAGGAUGAGGAGGACAUGUUCAUGGUGGUGGAUCUGCUGUUGGGAGGAGAUCUGCGCUAUCAUCUGCAGCAGAACGUGCAGUUCACCGAGGACGCCGUCAAGCUCUACCUGUGCGAGAUGACGCUGGCGCUCGACUACCUGCAGAGCCAACACAUCAUACACAGGGACAUCAAACCGGACAACAUCCUGCUGGACGAGCAAGGUCACGCGCAUUUAACAGACUUUAACAUCGCUACCAUAAUCAAAGACGGCGAACGAGCCACGGCGUUAGCCGGUACAAAGCCUUACAUGGCUCCAGAGAUCUUCCAGUCGUUCGUAAGUGGAGGAACCGGUUAUGCGUUCGAGGUGGACUGGUGGUCGUUGGGUGUGACGAUCUUUGAGGUUCUGCGAAGCUGGAGGCCGUACGACAUCCACGCCAGUAAUUCGGUGGAGUCUCUGCUGCAGUUGUUCAGUACGGUCAGUGUGCAGUACAGCUCAUCCUGGCACAAAGACCUCGUGUCGCUGCUGAGGAAGUUAUUGACUGUAAACCCAGAGCAUCGCUUCUGUAGUCUGGCUCAAAUGCAGACGGCGCCCUACCUCUCCGAUGUCAACUGGGACGAUGUUUAUGAGAAGAAGAUGGAGCCCGGCUUUGUUCCCAAUAAAGGUCGUCUGCAUUGCGAUCCCACCUUUGAACUGGAGGAGAUGAUUCUGGAGUCUCGUCCUCUUCAUAAGAAGAAGAAGCGACUGGCCAAAAACAGAUCGAGAGACAACAGCAAAGAUUCUCAGUCUGAGAACGAGUAUCUUCAGGAGUGCCUUGAAGUCGUCCAGCAAGAGUUCAUGAUUUUCAACCGUGAAAAGUUGAAGCGUCGGCAGGAGGAGGAGGGCUGUAUGGGAGCAGACGGGGACGGAGCCGAGGGAGACGCCGAUCCAGACGGAGACGCCGACGAGGCCGAGGGAGGAACGGAGGACGAAGAGACCGAGGCCGAACCCGAGACCUCCAAACUGAGCAUGUGCGGUUCGGUCUGCUCGUCUCCAGGAAGCUGCUAGCGCCCCCCGCUGUCUCUGAGCUGCUCACCAUGCCUUUAAAAGCCCUCGUGAUCCGAGCCGUGAGCGAGCCGCGCGGCUUCCUUCGUCUCCGUCGCUCCUAGAGUAAGUUUGAACUUCUAUGCAACGUAACUCUUCAGCAUGAUGUAAAAUAGAGAUUAUAGAGGCAAUUCUACAAUGUAAGACUGUUCGCUUGAGUAUGACGACACCACGCGCCAGACCACGGAGGAGAUCUUCGUCUCGAGUCCGCACGCAUCAAGCUGCUUGACGAGCAACCGAUAAUUGACUUAACUGCGUUUGUAUGUUUACAUAUGUGAGUCAUUAUUGAUCAUGGAAGCGUCUGGUGCCUCUUGAAUUCAUGUGCUGCCGGAAGUCAAACUAGGUUAACAGCAUUUGUCAUAAAAAGAUAAAACCUUAAACACUUACAAGCCACCGAAGUGUAAAAAUAAAGAUGUUUAUGUAGUUUGAAAAAUUAGUCAUCCUCAAUAUUUCAGUUUUGUUUUCUAAGGAUUCUUAGAUCGAGAUACAGUAAACCUAAUUUAGGGAAGAACUAAACGGCAUCAGAUCUAAAGUGAAGUUUUCUCAAAAAUGUGUCAAAAUGGAGUUCAUGAUUAAAACAACAUUGAAACAAAACAUCCGUCCGUGGGGUCAGGAUGAAGUUGAUUUUGGCAGAUAUGUGUUCUUGUUUUAUUCAUGUUUUCCUGAUCUGUGCGUUUGAGACGUUUGACUUCUUCCAGCACUUUAAAGGAGAAAAUCCUCUGUUGAAUUCAGUCGGAUCUGGAGACUCAUUAGUUUCAUUUCCUGAAGAAAUGAAAAACCCCCGGACUGAUGUGUUUACAGUGAGAUGAAUCUGUUUAAUUCUAAACGAGGAUGAUCACAUGACCAUUUCUACAAUGACAUCAGUCUUUCUUUAAAGACCUCAUGAAUUAUUGAUUUGUUGUGUUGAAGUUGAUGCAUGACACUGAAGGGCUCAUCACCCUUUUACUGUAAAUAUCCAGUGGUCUUUACUUUCUGCAUCACCCGUCAUUUACUACUUACAGUUUAGGAGGAGCUUCGGUCUUACAGUAUUUACAGCCCUGAUUGAAACACGUCUGUCUGCUGAGUAUUUGUCAGCAUAUACACUACUGGUUAGAAUUUAAAUAUUUCUUAAAGAAGUCUCUUCUGCUUACCAAGGCUGCAUUCGUUUGAUCGAAAAAACAGUUAAAAUGUGAAAUAUUUUUACCAUUUAAAACAGCUGUUUUCUAUGUGA